GGAGAGGAGGGCAGCAUGAACCAUGUGGCAGAAUGUCAGAUAGCCUGUCUGUACUUUGUGUUUGUGUUUCAACAAUGUCAACACUUGAGUUCAUGCAGUUUAAGAAGAGCUCCUUUGAGUCUUAUCUCUUUUUCCUGGGUCCACCAGUAUGACACCAUUCCUAUUCAGUCCAGCGUGGUGUUAUGUUCCUGCCCAUCCCCAUCAAUGGUGAGGACCCAGACUGAUUCCGGCACGGCCCCUGUUGUUCCAAGCGGUGGUAGCAGGCAGGGCCCCACCAUGGACAGCACUGCGGCCGAGUCCCGACCAAGUGCCAACUCACUGCAACAUGCCGCACAGCCACCACCACAGCCUCGGAAGAAACGCCCGGAAGACUUCAAAUUCGGGAAAAUUCUUGGUGAAGGAUCUUUUUCAACAGUUGUCCUGGCCCGAGAACUGGCAACCUCAAGGGAAUAUGCUAUUAAAAUUCUAGAGAAACGUCACAUUAUCAAAGAGAACAAAGUCCCGUAUGUAACCAGAGAGAGAGACGUGAUGUCGCGCCUGGAUCACCCCUUCUUUGUUAAACUUUACUUCACGUUUCAGGAUGAUGAAAAGCUGUAUUUUGGCCUUAGUUAUGCCAAAAACGGAGAACUACUUAAAUACAUUCGCAAAAUUGGUUCAUUCGAUGAGACGUGCACCCGAUUUUACACAGCUGAGAUGGUGUCUGCUCUAGAGUACUUGCAUGGCAGGGGCAUCAUUCACAGGGACCUGAAACCAGAAAACAUUUUGUUAAAUGAAGAUAUGCACAUCCAGAUCACAGAUUUUGGAACAGCAAAAGUAUUAUCCCCAGAGAGUAAACAAGCCAGGGCCAACUCGUUUGUAGGAACAGCCCAGUAUGUUUCUCCAGAGCUGCUCACAGAGAAAUCAGCCUGUAAAAGAGCUUCCUCAUCCCUCCCGGUGCUGGUGAUACAGAGCCCUCAUCCAAGGCCCAGUUCAGACCUUUGGGCUCUUGGAUGUAUAAUAUACCAGCUUGUGGCAGGACUCCCACCGUUCCGAGCCGGAAACGAGUAUCUUAUAUUUCAGAAGAUCAUUAAGUUGGAAUAUGAUUUUCCUGAAAAAUUCUUUCCUAAGGCAAGAGACCUUGUGGAAAAACUUUUGGUUUUAGAUGCCACAAAGCGAUUAGGCUGUGAAGAAAUGGAAGGAUAUGGCCCUCUGAAAGCUCAUUCAUUUUUUGAAUCCAUCACAUGGGAGAAUCUGCAUCAUCAGACACCUCCGAAACUCACCGCUUAUUUACCAGCCAUGUCGGAAGAUGAUGAAGACUGCUAUGGAAACUACGACAAUCUCCUGAGCCAGUUUGGCUGCAUGCAAGUGUCAUCGUCGUCAUCCUCCCACUCCCUGUCUGCCUCAGACACGGGUCUGCCACAGAGGGCGGGCAGCAACAUCGAGCAGUAUAUCCAUGACCUGGACACUAAUUCUUUUGAACUGGACUUACAGUUUUCUGAAGACGAGAAGAGGUUAUUAUUGGAGAAGCAGGCCAGUGGAAACCCUUGGCACCAGUUCGUAGAAAAUAAUUUAAUACUAAAAAUGGGUCCAGUAGAUAAGCGAAAGGGUUUAUUUGCACGACGACGACAGUUAUUACUUACAGAAGGGCCACACUUAUAUUAUGUGGAUCCUGUCAACAAAGUCCUGAAAGGUGAAAUUCCAUGGUCACAAGAACUCCGACCAGAGGCCAAGAAUUUUAAAACCUUCUUUGUCCACACACCAAACAGGACGUAUUACCUGAUGGACCCGAGCGGCAAUGCUCACAAAUGGUGCAAAAAGAUCCAGGAGGUGUGGAGGCACAGAUACCAGAGUCACCCGGACACCACCGUGCAGUGACAGCCCGCAGCCCUGCCCUCGCUGCCAGGACAUGCGCCCCAGCGCAGCUCAUGGCUAUCCGGGACGCUUCCAGACCACCUCCCAGCCAUCUCAAGGGGAAUGUAGACAGUGGAACCUUGCAGCUUUUUUAUUUAAAAGAAAAGAAGAAAAAAAAUACCCAACAACACAAAGAACAAAACCAAUAAUGAACAGGAAUUCAGGGUCGCUCUGCUUGCUCUCUGUGCUCUAUGGAGGCCUCCCCGAGCUGUCCUCGUUGCCAGCACCCAGUGCUGUGCACGUGUACCUGAUUCCCACCUGGACCAGUGGACCAGUGUCACCAGCUCCCCCCGUGCACCCCGGUCACCUGCUGGUCUUGCUGUGGCCUAGGGGACAGGGUGUAUCUCUGGGCUCUUUCUGCCCCCUAGAUUAUCGUGGAACUCUUCACCAGGGAGUUGUGUGUGCUCUGCAGAGGGCGGCCUCUGAUCUCCAUGGGGUGGGAGGGUUCUUGGCUUUUGUCUGUGUGCUCUUUUCCUCAUGUCCCUAGAUCAUGGCCCAUCCCUGUGCUGCGGGCCCUUGCUUUCCUCCUGGAGUAGCUCUGGCUGCAGGAAUUCUGUCUGCAAGUGCUCCGCAUGUUGUGACUGCCAGGUAGGCUCCCAGUGGUGAGAAGUGGAACAGGAUGUUGGGUGAAAUACAAGCCACUGCCUGCAAGGUUCCGAUCCAUCAUCCUGUGGAACGGUGUUGCCCUCCGGGGCUGGAACCCAUGCACACGGCUGCAGGGAGCACGGUCAGCAGUGGGCCCGGUUAGCCCCAGCUGCACCAGUGGACGGCUCUGCCGGCCUCCUGAGACCAGGGCGGCAGGGCAGACAGGGCCUGGUGGUCUCCACGUGGAGGAGUGAGAUCUGAGGAGCCUUCCUGAGAGUUUGGUAAAGGUUGAAGUCUGCAGGACUCCCCCAGACCAGUUACUUAGGAGCCAGGAGACUCCUCACAAAUUGGACGGUACUCGGUCAUCUGGGUGGUGGGAGGAGUGCAGGCUCCCAGCCAGCACACGCACCCUUUUCAUGUUGUGAUUGAAUAUGCUCUCAGCCUAAAAUUCUUACAUCCCAACAGUGAGAAUCUAAUGCCUUCUCAUGGUGCCAGGUCACCUGGUCUCCAUCAAGUGGACUUUGCCUGGAAAAAAAAGAGUUAACUCGCCUGGCACUUGAACCCAAGCGCCCAGCCUGCUCUCCUUCCAUUUCAGAUUCCCUCCUUUCAAUGCUUAGAGGCAGCUCCUACGCUACUGUGACCUACACAUGGUCCAGGUCCUGCUAGUUCUUUGAUUUUCUUUGCUGCUGCUCCCCAGACAGUGGGUCUGGGCUGUUCCUCUCCCUACCCAGGUGUCCCUGGAGGGCAGUCCUCUGUUCCCGGGGGAGAGGGCAGGCCCUGCAGGCUGCUCCCAGGGAUGAACACCUUUCCUUUUCCUUCAGACUUUCACCGAGGCACUAGCCAAAGGCUCACACAGGAAAGCCCCUCACCACUCACUGCCCUGUCUCCUGUCUCAAACACACCGUCACCCUCUGUGACCAGUGGUCCAGACGGAGAGGAGAGACGCCUUCCUCACACUGAGUGAUAGGAGUGGCUGUCCUUAAACUGGGAAGGAGCAUGGAUGUGGGGGUUCACUGUGCUGGGCAGGGAAGAGGGCUGAGCAGAGGUCGUAGCCAGGUUUGCUGGUGGUUUCUGUUCAGGCCUGUCCUCUGCUCUGUGAAAUCUGAGAAAAAGACAGCUCACAUCUGUCUGGGGGAGGGGAAGAGGUACCCUUAGCGCAAACUCCCUCUAUGCUCCUCUUCCCUCACGUUUGAAAGGCCUGUGUUCAUCUGCUUUUCAAAAAUUGAGUCUGACUUGCCCCUUUCAAGAAUUUCACUUCAGGCUUCCUCCCACAUUGACAUUUUGCUCUUCUCAGAGCCCUGCCUGUGUGCUGUGGGAAGCGUGAGGGAUCGGUUUCUGUGCGGCAUCACCUCAGGUGUCUGGUUACGGCUGGUAUUUGUGUUUAAUACGGGCACUCAGCCGGCUGCUCACGAGACAAGUCCUCCCAUGCAUUCUGCCUUCUGGAUAGCGCCACUACCUCCUGGGCUUAACCAACAAGCUCCAUCUUAACCUCUGAAACCAGGAAAUGAGGGGUUCAGGGUUGAGCUCGAAGUUGACAGAGCUGCAGUGACUGCCCUCGACCAAGCCAGUGUAAGCUGAGCCCUUCCCUAUAAGCCAACUUUCUCUGUUCACUCAGAGGCCUCUCUUUUUUUUAAGGCCCAUGUGUAACCUUCUCUUACCCAUACUUCGCCAACUUUAAUUUUAUCUAAUUUAUCCUUACAACGAUCGUCUUGGCAUCAGGUGCCUUACAGUCUGACAUGUGGACAAGGGUCUGUGUACAUACACAGACAUAUCUGGAAAUAUGAAUGUGGAUUUAUCCAAAGUGAGAAAGAAAAUGCCCUGUUGUUUAAUAGAUCCGGAGCCCUGUGUCUUAGAGUCAGCAGCAAAGACAAGUCAAACCAAGUACCACCAGCUGCAGACAGUCCCCGCCAUGCAGCCUCUUGCACGGAGGGGCGGGAGGGCAGCUAGGAGGCCUGUGCUCUCCACUGUGCCUUGUUGGUCUCUGGGCCCUGGAGGAGACUGGGUUUGCACAGGAUGGUUCCCUCCCCUCUUUCUGUGGACCUGACCAGGGCCAUGGGCAGUGAGUGGGCAGCCCCCUGUGGAGUGCAAAGCCCCGCCAAUGAUUGGCACCAUUGACUGCCCGCUGUUCUGAACUGACAGCUCGUGACAGACUUGCUUUUGAAAAAAUAGCUCUUGUGGUCAUGCCAAAGCUGGCGAGAACUACACCUACUCCAGCCCUCUUGGCCCAGCCUGAAGGGAUUGCAGGAGAUGGCCCCAUGGCACACACACCAACCCCAACCCAGGGCAGGGGGCCCUGGGUGACUCAAAAUUUUCUUAAAACAUUUGUUUUCUUAAAAAA